AUGUCCGAGUCAAAAAAACUUGGUGAGCUUGUAGUUAUCGCCAUCAGGGCUAAAAACUUAGCUACUCGCGAUAUUAUCGGUAAAGGAGAUCCGUUUGUUACUUUUCGUAUAGGUGAAGAAGCAAAAAGAAUAAAGGCAGAAAAAAAGGGUGGACAACAUCCUGAAUGGGAUGAAGAAGUACGUUUUGACCUUGUGGAUAAUCCAAACAACAAGAAAAUGAAAAUUCAGGUUCUUAACGAAGAUAAAAGAGAACAUAUCCUUAUUGGUGACUCUUUUAUAGAUUUAUCUCAAGUUUUAGAAAAGGGAGAGUGGGAUGAUUGGCACGAAAUUAAAUAUCGUAACAACGCAACACCUUACCCUCCUGUUGUGACGAAUCAACCACCUAUGUCGGCUCCAUCUGCUGUUGGAUAUCCUCCUCAAAAUGUUUAUCCUUCAUCUCCUCCCCUAUCUCAACCACCUCAAUUCUUUGGUCCUCAACGGACUCAAUCGCCUGUUUCUUCUCAAUAUCCACCAGUGUCAACUUCGGUAUAUCCGCCACAAGCACAAGCAUCACAAGUACCAAAUGUAUACCCAACACAACAAGCACGAGGAUAUCCUCAAAUGGGAGGAGCUUAUCCGCCAAUAUCUUCUCCUCCUGAAAGCGGUAAUCUAGCUUUUCCAGUACCAGUUCCGACCCCUGGUGGAGCGUCACCAUUUGGCGGACCAUAUCCUUCAUAUAAUGCAUAUCCUCCAUCUUCAGACUUUAAUACUUCACCUCAACCUCCUUCAUCUGGCGGUUAUCAACAAUCUCCUUAUCCACCUAAUAAUGCUUAUCCUCCGUCAUCCGGAGGAAGCACAUAUCCACCACCACCACAAAACACCUAUAGUCAAGGUUACCCUUACCCGCCUAAUCCUAAUCCUUAUCCGCCAAAUGGUCCUUACUAA